AGUUGAUCGACCGGUGCAUAGGGUCGAAGAUCUGGGUGAUAAUGAAGGGCGACAAGGAGCUGGUGGGCACUCUCAGGGGCUUCGAUGUGUUCGUCAACAUGGUCCUCGAAGACGUCACUGAGUACGAGCACACAGCAGAAGGCAGCAGAGUGACGAAGCUAGACCAAAUACUGCUCAACGGCAACAACAUCGCCAUU